AUGCCCCCCGUCCAGUCUGGUUCCAAUGUUCUUGGUGACCUCUCCAAGCUCCCCGCCGAACUGCGCAUCAUGGUCUAUAACUACCUGGUGCCUUCACUUGGGUCUCAACGCACCUCCCAUGAAAACGAGACGUCGUCCGAUUCUGAGCACCCUGAUGGCGCCUCGGACCCCCUUUUUGUCCUCUUCAUCGAGCAGAAGCAGCGUGAGCGACUCGGGAUUACGCCCAAUCCGGAACCUGAAGCUGGAGUUGACUCUGACCCCAACCCCGAUCCUUUUGCCAUCCUUCGUACGAGCAAGGCAAUAUACAAUGAAGCAAGCUACGAGCUUUACAGAAAGCUCAACAUUGAGUUCUUCAUUCGCCCGGUUACAAACAAUACCACGACAGAUAGCCCCUAUGUCCGCAUUCGUGAACUCAACUUCGCGGAGACCAUCUUCGAAUGCGCUCUUCGUCCAGCCGGUGACAGCAUACGCGAAAUGAUCCGCGACCUCCCCUACGCCAAUGCGCCCAGUAUAACUGUCAACGUCUACCCACCCGAGUUUGACACCACGACUCGUCAAGGCGAAAAUGCUGGCCCCGGAUUGGUUCUGCUGUGGGACCGCAUCAACAAAAUCGUCAACGCACUGGUCCGAGCAAAGACAUUGCGAAGCCUCACUCUCUCAUUCUGCCGCCCUGUUAGUGAGAGGUCAGGAUGGGUUGAUCUAGGCAAGAAACAAGGCCGGGUCAGUGUGCAAAGACUGUCCCGACCUGAGCAUUGUUCAACCAAGGCGUUCAUUACCCGGAUGAAGAUCGAUAUUGAGCGUGAGAUGUACGACCAUGAAGUUCUCUUCCUGCCAUUUUUUCGGCUGGCGGGCCAUGUCCAGAACAUGAGCGUGACCUAUGCAGGCGCCGACUUUAACAUCGCCGCAUGCACGCCUGACAGUGAAGCAAAGUACCUGGACUGGACAUUCCACCGCAUCGCCCUCCGCCACCUCUUUCACGCGCCUGGAGGUGUGCCCUCCAAACGCGCCGAGCUAGUCCUCAAAGUCUUCCCCCGUCUCAUCGCCGAAACGAAUCUCUUUAACCAGUAUGCUGUGCGCAACUCCUCCUCUACAUUGCGCCAUGAGAUCAGAAGGGAAAGUCUCUGGAGGCCAAACUCUGCAAAGGCGCGGGCUCAGCGGGUGGAGGAUCCGAGCGAGACGGAGAAGCUUCCGGAAGGAAUGAAGUGGACCUGGCCUGAUUUUGUUUUUGCUCUGGAUGAAACGCGCGUUGGGGUGCAGGACGAAGAUGAAGAGAGUGAGGUGGACGAAAUGAAAGAAUAA